AUGGCAAAAAUAAUAAAGAUGUCGUUUUACUUAAUUUUUAUUGGAGCCCUUAUUAUCAACGUUAUGUCUUACAAUCCUUUGUUAACAUACACUCUAUAUGUUUUAAAAAAAAUGGAAGUACAACCUAACAUCACUACUAAUUAUUAUACAAUCGAUCGAUACAAAGAUGGAGAAUUUUUAAAUGCCCAAAUUACAAUCAAUUCGAAAGAACUAACUAACAAAGCAGUGGUAUUUUAUCGUUGUGACCCAGAUGGUAUUAACUGCGAAUACUUUCAAAAUAUGUGGACAUUAUCAGGCGUUUGCAAUAAAUUAAAGGUGAAGAAUCAAGUAUGGUCCCGAUUUUACGAUUCAUUUGAUCCACCGAUGGUUUGUCCAAUAAAUAAAGUAAGGAAUACAAUCCCACUGUUGACGUAUACUAUACGUUAUAAAAAAUUUACGACAUUUGACAACAUCACUGGGAAUUUUUCAAUUGACCAAUACAAAGAUAAUCAAUUUAUAAAUGGAAAUGUUACUAUAAAUUCGAAAUUAAUAGUCGACAAAGUUAUAGUAACUUUCUAUCGCUGUGAUGCCGAUGGCAUUAAUUGUGAAUACUUUCAAACGUGGACAUUAACAGAUAUUUGCCCUAAAUUGAAGGAUAAGAAUCAAAUAUGGUCACGUUGGUACGGUUCGUUUGAUCCACCUAUGGUUUGUCCCAUAGAUAAAGUAAAUUAUCGAAUGGUAAAUUGUACAAUUGAUAUUGACCAAGCGGUUCGUUGGUAUUCUGAUAUGGCUAACUAUCAAUGGAAAGUGACACAAAAAAUGUAUGCUGGUGAUGUAUAUAUCGGUAGUUAUGUCUUUCAUGUUUCAAUAUUCAGUUAUAGAAAAAGACUCAAACCUUUAUUUAAGUUAUAGUAAUGUAUUAAAACAUAAUCAA